GCGGCUGCAGGGGAAGUUAGCAAAAGUGCUUCGGAUUCAGCGCUCAUGGGAAACUCUAUGUUGGUCAAGAAGGAAGAGGAGGAGGAGGAGAACCACAGGAGAAUCAAGAAACUGAAAACCGAGAAGGUUGACCCCCUGUUUACAGUGCCACCGCCGCCGAUUGCCAGCAGUCUCGCACCUCAGAUUCUGCCCUCCUACUUUUCCCCAUCUUCAUCCAAUAUUGCAGCACCAGUCGAACAGCUCUUGGUGCGGACUCGGUCCGUGGGUGUCAAUACGUGUGAAGUUGGAGUAGUGACAGAGCCAGAGUGUCUUGGGCCCUGUGAACCUGGGACCAGUGUCAAUUUGGAAGGGAUCGUGUGGCAUGAAACAGAAGAAGGUGUCCUAGUGGUCAAUGUCACGUGGAGGAACAAAACAUAUGUGGGGACCCUACUAGACUGCACCAAGCACGACUGGGCCCCUCCUAGGUUUUGUGAAUCACCAACAAGUGACCUAGAGAUGAGAGGGGGCCGAGGCAGAGGGAAGAGAGCGAGGUCUGCGGAGUCUGCCGCGGCUGCCCCUGGCUCCGAGGUCAGCUUCACAGAGUCCAGAGGGCUGCAGAGCAAGAACAGAGGGGGGGCCAAUGGGAAAGGGAGGCGUGGCAGCCUCAACGCCAGUGGACGAAGGACACCCCCAAACUGUGCUGCAGAGGACAUCAAAGCCAGUCCUUCCUCGACCAACAAAAGGAAGAACAAGCCUCCUAUGGAGCUGGAUCUGAACUCCAGCUCUGAGGACAGUAAACCCGGGAAACGGGUCCGCACCAAUUCUAGAAGCACCCCCACCACCCCUCAAGGGAAACCAGAGACUACAUUUUUGGACCAAGGCUGCUCCUCUCCAGUGUUAAUCGAUUGCCCCCACCCAAACUGCAACAAAAAGUACAAGCACAUAAAUGGCCUGAGGGGACACCAGGCUCAUGCACACUUAGACCCAGAAAACAAGCUAGAGUUUGAGCAUGACAGUGAGGACAAGAUCUCAGACUGUGCGGAAGCCUUGAGUAAUGUGGCCCCUGGGAAGAAUUCUGGCAAAAAGAAGGGCCUUAACAAUGAACUUAACAACCUUCCAGUCAUCUCCAACAUGACAGCCACCUUAGACAGUUGUUCGGCGGCAGACAGCAGUUUAGCUGCUGAAAUGCCCAAACUGGAAGCAGAAGGACUGAUUGACAAAAAAAGUUUGGGGGAUAAAGAAAAGGGCAAAAAAGCAAACAAUUGCAAAAUGGACAAAAACCUCUCUAAACUGAAAAGUGCCCGGCCCAUCGCCCCUGCCCCAGCCCCUACACCCCCACAGCUGAUUGCUAUACCGACUGCAGCCUUCACAUCCACAACCACGGGGACCAUACCGGGACUGCCCUCCCUCACGACCACUGUCGUCCAGGCUACACCAAAGAGCCCUCCAUUGAAACCUAUUCAACCAAAGCCCACGAUUAUGGGGGAGCCCAUCACCGUGAACCCAGCUCUGGUGUCACUCAAAGACAAAAAGAAAAAGGAGAAGCGUAAGCUAAAGGACAAAGACGGGAAAGAGACUGGGGGUCCCAAAAUGGAUGCUAAGCUGGGGAAGCUGGAGGACGCCAAGGCGGCUGGCAAGGAUUUGUCUGGGCAUUUUUUAAAGGACCAUCUCAGUAAGAGUGAAGGGCUGGCGAACGGAUUGUCAGAGUCUCAGGAGAGCCGCAUGGCCAGUAUCAAAGCCGAGGCUGAUAAGGUUUACACAUUCACGGACAAUGCUCCCAGCCCUUCCAUCGGGAGUGCCUCUCGGAUGGAAUGCAGUACCCUGGUGAAUGGCAGACAGCAGGUCAGAGGGCAUGAGGUCAAAGGCCAGUUCCCCAUCAGAUAUCAUUUCUAAUAAAGACGGUGUCGUGAAAGGCCAUUCUUCAACUUCAGCACAAUCAUCUCAGCUGAAAGAGUCCCAUUCUCCCUAUUACCAUGGCUACGAGCCUUAUUAUUCUCCAAGUUACAUGCACCCUGGACAGGUUGGUGCCCCCACAGCUGGGAAUGGUGGGAGCACACAGGGCAUGAAGAUCAAGAAGGAGUCAGAGGAAGAUGCAGAGAAGAAAGACAAGGCAGAGCAGUUAGAUUCUAAGAAAGUGGACCACAAUUCUACAUCUCUACAGCCUCAGCACCAGUCGGUUAUCACACAAAGACACCCUGCCCUGGCUCAGUCACUUUAUUAUGGCCAGUAUGCCUAUGGGCUCUAUAUGGACCAGAAAUCACUGAUGGCCACCAGCCCUGCCUACAGACAGCAGUAUGAGAAGUACUAUGAGGACCAGAGGCUGGCAGAGCAGAAAAUGGUCCAGAGUGGGAGAGGAGAGUGUGAAAGAAAGGCCGAACUCCCCUUGAAAGAACUGGGCAAGGAAGACAGUAAACAGAAAAACAUGCCAUCGGCCACAAUCUCAAAAGCUCCCUCUACUCCGGAGCCUAACAAAAACCAUUCUAAGCUAGGGCCAUCAGUGCCUAAUAAAACUGAGGACACAGGUAAAUCACAGCUUCUCUCCAGUCACCAGCCGCAGCUUCAGGCCGACAGCUUCAAAACUAAGCAGAUGGAAAACCACCAGCUUAUUAAGGAGGCUGUAGAAAUGAAGUCUGUCAUGGACUCUAUGAAGCAGACAGGUGUAGACCCAACCUCGAGAUUUAAACAAGAUCCAGAGUCAAGGACAUGGCAUCAUUACGUAUACCAGCCCAAGUAUCUAGAUCAGCAAAAGCCAGAAGAACUUGACAGAGAAAAGAAAUUAAAAGAGGACAGUCCGAGGAAGACGCCUAACAAAGAGAGUGGUGUGCCUAGCCUUCCCGUGUCAUUAACAAACAUUAAAGAGGAGCCCAAAGAGGCCAAGCGCCCAGAUUCUCAGUCAGUGGAGGAAAGCAAGCUGAAGAAUGAUGAUGGAAAGACUCCCGUGAACUGGAAGGACUCUCGGGGGACAAGAGUGGCUGUGUCCUCACCUAUGAGUCAGCAUCAGUCGUACAUACAGUACUUGCAUGCUUAUCCUUACCCACAGAUGUAUGACCCCAGCCACCCUGCAUACCGGGCUGUUUCUCCUGUCUUAAUGCACAGUUACCCUGGGGCCUAUCUCUCUCCAGGAUUUCAUUAUCCUGUUUAUGGGAAGAUGUCUGGGAGAGAGGAGGCAGAAAAAGUCAAUACCAGCCCCAGCAUCAACACAAAAACAGCCAGUGAAGCCAAAGCCCUGGACCUGCUCCAACAUCACGCCAACCAAUACCGAAGCAAGUCCCCUGCUCCUGUGGAGAAAGCUUCCACAGAGCGGGAACGGGAGACGGAGCGGGACCGGGAUCGCCAUUCCCCCUUCGGCCAGCGGCACCUGCACACUCAUCACCACACCCAUGUUGGCAUGGGCUACCCUCUCAUCCCUGGUCAAUACGACCCUUUUCAAGGCUUGACCUCUGCUGCCCUCGUUGCCUCUCAGCAGGUGGCUGCCCAGGCAUCUGCAUCAGGAAUGUUUCCUGCACAGAGAAGAGAAUAACAGGAUCGG